CAAUCUUUUUUUUUUUUAAAAACGUUUUGGAAAUUACAGGCGGACUCAAAAGUUGGGUGCUGGAAAAACCACAGGAAAAAAAACCAAGAAGAGAGCCGCCGAACGAGCCACCUUCCUGGUUGCUCCUUCGGAGCUUGAUAGCUCGCGGUCAAAGUUGAAACGACCGCGCAGCUUCUCUCUCUGAACCCACCAAAGUGCGCCUAAACCCUAUCGUUCAUUCAGUUUGUCGAUAUUCUUUCGGACAAUCGGUCCGUGCAUUUCCCCCCUCCAUUCUCUGGCCGAACGGCGGGAAAAAUACAUGGAUGUGAUUUUUUGUUUGCUUUUGCAGUAAUAUUUAAACCAUUGCAAUGUUGUGACUGAUCAACCUUGCUUGAAUGACGUGCGGAUAUAAUUUCGGAGAAGUGGAAGCAUUUAACUGAUUCAGAUCUCUGAGAAUUCUUUCCCAUUUGAAUCAUCUGUCGAAAUAACUGAUUGAAAUAGGCCAUUUUUUCGUCAAGCUCCUAAAGACGCGUUAGCGUUAACUGAAUAAGCAUGGGGAGUGCUCUGCAACUUUGUGGGGCUAAAAACACCUUCUCCGUGACUCCGAGCAGUUUGCAUUGCCAACCUCUGUUAUCACGACGAAUUGGUUUUGCCGCAUCUGUUUCUUCUGUUUCUGGGUUAUGCUGUAUAAGAAGAUUCUCAAGGGAACGGGUGGCAUUCAGUACUAGUUGCAAAGCUGCAAAAAGUGAUUUACUUGUGAAGGAUGAGACUGAACAUCAGAAAUUUGGUGAAACGAAGAAAUGUUUUACGAGCGUCAUGAAGUUUGGCGGCUCGUCUGUUGCUACUGCAGAGAGAAUGAAAGAGGUCGCUAGCCUUAUUCUUAGCUUCCCAGAAGAGAAUCCUAUAAUUGUUCUCUCUGCGAUGGGAAAGACGACUAACAAGCUUUUAUCGGCUGGAGAAAAAGCCGUCAGUUGUGGUGUUGCCCACGCGUCAUGUAUUGAUGAACUCAGCUUUAUAAAAGACCUGCAUCUCAGGACCCUGGAUGAGCUUAAAGUGGACAGAUCUGUUAUUGCAAAUCAUCUAGAAGAACUGGAGCAACUUCUGAAGGGGAUUGCCAUGAUGAAAGAGUUGACACCACGAACGAGAGACAAUUUAGUUUCAUUUGGAGAGCGCAUGUCCACUAGGAUCUUUGCUGCAUAUCUAAAUAAAAUGGGUGUUAAGGCUCGCCAAUAUGAUGCAUUUGAGAUUGGUUUUAUUACCACCGAUGACUUUACAAAUGCGGAUAUUCUGGAAGCAACUUACCCUGCAAUUGCAAAGAGAUUAUGCGGAGAUUGGAUCUCUGACUCUGCUAUACCAGUUGUAACAGGCUUCCUUGGAAAGGGCUGGAAAUCAUGCGCAGUAACAACACUGGGUAGAGGUGGUAGUGAUUUGACAGCUACAGCAAUUGGUAGAGCACUGGCGUUGCCUGAAAUCCAGGUAUGGAAAGAUGUUGAUGGUGUUUUAACCUGUGAUCCAAAUAUAUGCCCACAAGCAGAACCUGUCCCAUAUUUGACAUUUGAUGAGGCUGCUGAACUUGCUUACUUUGGUGCUCAGGUCUUGCAUCCACAGUCUAUGAGACCUGCUAGAGAAGGUGAUAUUCCAGUUAGGGUUAAAAAUUCUUACAAUCCAAAGGCUCCGGGUACUGUCAUCACCAAGACAAGGGAUAUGAGUGAGGCAGUACUUACUAGCAUUGUUUUGAAGCGUAAUGUUACCAUGUUGGAUGUUGUUAGCACUCGCAUGCUUGGUCAGUAUGGCUUCCUUGCUAAGGUUUUUUCAAUUUUUGAAGAUUUAGGAAUAUCAGUGGAUGUUGUAGCUACUAGCGAAGUCAGUAUUUCCUUGACAUUAGAUCCAUCAAGGCUUUGGAGCAGAGAGCUGAUUCAACAGGCAAGUCCAUUGCAUGAAUCUGAGUGCCUGUCACCCAUUCUUUUUGGGCAGGAGCUUGACCAUGUUGUUGAAGAACUGAAGAAAAUAGCUGUGGUAGAUCUCCAACAAAAUAAAUCCAUCAUUUCUCUCAUUGGAAAUGUUCAGAGGUCAUCAUUGAUAUUGGAGAAGGCAUUUCUUGUUCUCCGAACCCUUGGGGUCACUGUUCAGAUGAUCUCUCAGGGCGCAUCCAAGGUUAAUAUCUCGAUGGUUGUAAAUGAUAGUGAAGCAGAGCAGUGUGUCAGGUCGCUCCAUGCGGCUUUCUUUGAGAGUCAACUCGCUGACGAGAAACAAUACAAAUCUGGAAAUGGUUCUGUUCCAGCAUCAUCAUAGUCAACGCUUGAGAGCCUCCUUGCAGAAAUAUACGUCAUUCUCAGCUCAUCAAUAUUAGCACGUUCUCUCACCUUCCUUUGUGCGAUGGAAACGCAGGACAGCUUGGGUUGGGAAUUUUAGGUUAUGUUUUGUUACCUAUAGCUCGUUCUAAACCAGUUGAAAUUUGGUCCCAGAAAAACAAAAAAAACAAAAAAACGAAGAAAGCGGCUAUUAUAAACACGGGAGCCGGAAGUUCUUGUUACUUCUCGAGAGUUCCCUUUGCGCCAGAAAUGAUUAUGGUCCUUGUGAAAUGAGCUGAAAUGAGCACAGAGCCUGUGAUUGUAUAAACCAGUCGGAGUCUAUUUCAAGACAAGAGCUGCAUUAGUCAACAGGGAUACAUGCA